AUGACUCAAUAUCAAAUAUUUUUCUUUAUUCUAUUAACUUCUAAUCAUAUUGUACGAUCACAAUCUGACAAUCGUAAUACUAACAACUGUCCACAUUUGUUCAAAACAUUGAGUGAUUGCACUUGUGCUAGUCCAAAUACAAUUGAUUGUAGUUAUUCAACAACAAUUACUCAUUUACCACGUUCAUGGUAUUCGACAAAUCAUAAUUUAACAGCAUUUACUCAAUCUAUUUUUCGUUUUGAUCUUGUUCAUACAUCAUCAAUAACAUUAAUAAAAACUGACGAUUUUCAAGGUCUUCAAAAUCUUCGCUAUCUUUCUAUAGUUAAUACUGGACUUAAUAGAAUUCAACCACAUGCAUUUCGUCAUCUACCAUCUUUAUAUGAACUUCGUAUUGAAGGAAAUCAAAAUUUAACUGAAUUAAGUCCAUUCUCAUUUAGUGAUAUUGAAUAUAUACAUCGUAUAUCACUUAUAUCGAAUUCAAUAUACGUUAUACAUACAGAAGCAUUUCGUUAUACACAUUUUGUUGAUAUAUUAGAUCUUAGUAGUAAUCCAUUAGAAAUCAUUCAUUCAUAUGCUUUUUUUGGUCUUAAAUCAGUUGGUACUUUAAUAUUAUGUUCAUUACCAACAUGUCCAAUAAAACAAAUUGAUGCAUUUGCUUUUUUUGGAUUCCAUACAUGUGAUACAAUAUUAUUAACCGGUAUUCAUACAUCCUUACGUUCGUUAUCAUUUUCACAUAUGACAUCAAUUCGUCUUGUUAAUUUAUCUCAUGGUGAAAUAUCACGUAUACAUUCAUUUGCAUUUCAAGGCUGUGAACAUAUUGGUGAAAUUGAUUUAUCAUCAUCAUUAAUAUCAAAUAUUGAUACAAAUGCAUUUGACCAAACAAAUAAUAUAUCAUUAUUAAAUUUAAAUGGAAAUUUAAUACGUUUAUUUGAAAAAUCAAUAUUUCAACGAUUAAUUAAUUCAAUAAAACAAAUUAAUCUUGAUAAUAAUCCAAUACAAUGUGAUUGUACACUUGAAUGGUAUUUAGAACAACGUUCACCGAGAUUUAAAUUACCUGAUGUAUGUACAGGUCCAAUUGGAUAUGAAUGUUUAAGUCCUAAUGAACUUCAACAAUCUCAAUUACCAUGUUAUCAAAUAAAUGAAGAUAAUAAUCAAACAAAAAGAAAAAAUUUAUGUGAAAAACGUGUAAAAGGUUCUUGUUCAGAAGAGCAUCUCUUUUCAGUAUAUUUUAUGAUUGCAUUCAUUGGUUGUACUUUUCCAAUUUUACUCCGAAAUUGGUGUCCAGCAGAAAUAUUUGUUGGUGAUACGUUUUGUUAUUUUGCUGGUAUGACAUUUGCAGUAGUCGGUAUUAUUGGACAUUUUAGUAAGACUAUGCUACUUUUCUUUAUACCGCAAAUUAUUAAUUUUCUUCUUUCAAUCCCUCAAUUAUUUCAUUUUAUUCCGUGUCCAAGACACCGUUUACCAAGAUUAAAUAUUGAUUUAAAUAAAUUGAACCCAUCUGAAAUUGAAUUUAAAAAAAAAGAUUUAAAACCACUUGGCUGGUUAAUGUUACGAUUUUUCUCAGCAACAAAAUUUAUAAAAUAUCGAGAAUAUAAAAUGAAUGAUAAUGAAGUAAUGAUUGUAACAACCAAUUUUACUAUUAUUAAUACAGUUCUUUGUUGGAGUGGUCCAUUAUAUGAAGGAACACUUACUCAAAUUUUAAUAGUCAUACAAGUUGUAUUUGGAUGUUUACUUCCAUUUUUUAUUCGUUAUUAUCUUGUAAAAUUUUUCUAUGAUUCAUGA